AUGGCUUUGAACGGUCUAUUAAAUUCUAAACAUUUACGUUUUUAUCACAUAGGACCACCAGUGUUUUUAUCAGAAAUUAUAAACUGUCCAGAAUCUGCUGUUGAGAAAGGAGCGCUUGUAAACUUAACCUGUAGAGUCAACGGAUACUACCCAAAUGGAUCUGUGGACAUUUCGUGGUCUAGGACUGGCGAUAUUUGUUGGAAAACAAAUUAUCACAUCGAUGAUGGUGAUAAUGGUACGUUUAGCUUAACCUCAACCAUUGUAUCGAAAGUCUGGGAAAAUGAAACUUUCACAUGCUGUUUAGAAGAACCUGUUGGUGCCAGGAAUCUUACGUCCGUCUGCAACAUUAAAGUCAAGAAUUACCCAGAGGGUGUUGUGAAAAACUGUAUUUCAAUACCUGUGGUCAUACUUAUUGCGUUGUUGGUGAUAGUUUUUGAAAAUCUAAUCAUUGUUAUCGUGAGGUAUUGUUACUUGCGUUGGAACAAGGCCUCUCGUAAAGAGGACCCACGACAAAACCACAAAGAUGAUGAAACGUUAACUCCUCUUCAGAAUUCUGCAAAUAAUAAGAAAAACAAUGACGUCAAAUUAGAAAUGGAUAAUCUAGAAGGCCACACUGUUGACAAAACUCUUCUUCAGAGUGCAAUUUCGAAGAACAACAGUGAAACUAAAAAAGAAUCUCACUUAAAAAAGAGAGAGGGAAAAAGAAAAUUUAAAACCACAGAAUAAAAUACAUAAUCGAAUAACUUCAUUACCAUUUAAUUAAAGAUUUAUAUUAUAUACCGUAGCUUUAGGAUUUGAUACCGCUUGAUCAGUUGCCUCUCUUGUCUCCUUGGUGAUUUGCUUUGUUUAAUUUGUUAUUGCUCAAAAUAGCAGUUGAUGGUAGAGGAGAAAGUUUAUACAUGGUAUUCACCUAAUUUGGAGCCGAGUAUCAAGCACCAGUAUUGUAAUAUUAUAGCAAAUAUUAAUGUAUUACUCGAUUAUAUUUUUUUUUUAGUAAAUUAUAAUUAAAGUUCUCUACUGAGCCUCAGUCAUUAAAUUUUUGCCUCCUCAUUUAUUACCCGCACAUCAAGCUCAUCAGAAGUGAUUAAACGCGUUAUCUUAAAAAAAAGAGCUAAGGAUCUGCCAAUAUACUCAGAGAAAGUCAGUCACGAUAACGGUUUAAUUGGAAUAAUUACAAAAUGUGAAUAAAAAAAAUAUCUAUAGGCUUUUUAAACCGUAAAACAAACUGCAAGCAGUACAAAUAAAAAAAUUACCGUUAGCUAGUUUUCCCAUAAUGAGUGUAAAUGUUGUGAAACCGCAUUUUUAAAACUAUGUUCGUUCGGAGUUUUUGCAGCCUCAACAUAAAGUGAGCGUUGGUAGAGUGAAGUGCGAACAGGGACCCUAAAGAGCUUGGUAUGAUCGCGGGAAUUUAGUAUGAAAGGAGUAACGUUAAUUGUUUACUGAAUAACGUAAUGGUAUAGAUUUAAUUGUAAUAUUGCAUAGGGUUGAAUUAAUGCAGGAAUGUUGAAUGUACCUGUGGUAUGCAUUAUUAAUGUAAUAUGCUUAGAUUGACUUUGGAUCUAUGCAAGUAAUAUUGUGUAUUGAUAUUUAGACGUCUUUAAUACUUACUGUACACUUAUUAUGGGCGUAUGUAUACAAUUGUACAGCAUAUUGGUAGCACAAAGCUAUAGAUUAAACAUUUUAUUAAUAUGAAAGUUAAUAAUGUUCCAGAAUGCUUGAAAUGAUGUUUGUUUAGGAUAACUAUUCUAGAAAGGUGUAUUUUGUUA